AUGCUUCAGUUUUAUUCAGUGAUAAUGUUCAAGACAGAAUAUUCUAUAUGUAAAAGCUAUAAAAGAAAAAUUCCUCGGUUUACUCUAUGGCAUAUGACAUUCGGUUGUUCUAGUCAAAUGCCGAGUUUCAUCAACAGUCAACCAUAAGACAUAUAUCCAAUACCAUUCAAGCAUGGCCAAAGCCACAAAACGAUCGGUAAAAGGCAAAGAGCCCUCGAAAUCCACGGCAAAACCACCAACGCCAUUUGUCAAGGCGCCUUCCAUUUUGAAGCCAUUCCUGGAGUUACUCUCACUAAAUGAAAUAUAUCUCAUACAUAUCGACAGAGAAAGUCCAGACUUCAAGAAACAGCUGUUUAUUCUACCUGUCCUCCUGAAUACCGCUAUUGUCCUGUUCUUCGCGUAUCGCAUCUACAACGGGUUCUACGUUUACCCAGACAUCUUUGCCUCGGCGCUAGGGCUAUCAACAAAAUCAACAGUGGACCUGACAUCACAACCCAUGAAAAGUGCAGUUAGCACGGUCCUUCGGCGCACACUCACCUUCUCGAUCGAUUAUUUCUUAGUCACCAUCUUCCUCCUUUGGCCCAUCCGUUUCAUCCAGGGGCCGAUUUACUGGCGGCGAAAAGUCGGAUUUCGUCAGCGAGAAGUUGUUGUACGACAGAGUCGAAGUACUUGGUCAGCAACUCUCGAACGCAACCGCUGGGUCUAUGGUGACGAGAAGGUUGUCCGAGAGAAGGUGGUGCCAGCUGUAGCUCCGCAAAGAAUCAAGAAAAGCGGAUAUCUUCUCAUUGACGCUGAUUGGGAUCUAGACUACAAAGCUAUGGUGCGGGCACAUGAGUUGAUUGACAACAUCAACAAAGGUUCCGGGGUGCAACUUGACGAAUUCCGCACCGCCAUUCUCGUGAACACGGAUGACGAAGGAUGGCUUAUCUGGAGGGUUGCGGAUGAGAAUAACAAAGAGCGAGAACAGCAACGAGAUCAACUCUUUGCAUUUCAGGAAAAACUGACAAGUAUGGGCAAGGAAGAUCUUUUCUUUCGCUGGGUUGAAUUGGUCCAGUACGAGAGUUCUCAGCCUGGUGGCUUUACACCUGAACGACAACGCAACGCAAUGUUACAAGCUCAAGAAAUGUUCGAAUCGGAGGGAGUGGAUUUUUCUCAGUUUUGGAGGGAAGUCGGUGGUAUGCAAGGCAUAGACUUGUCAUGAGUUUUCGAGAUAUACUCUUCCACUAUAUGUAUUAUAUCCUACGUGCCUAUACAUAUGCCGUUGAUCGGGAAGGCGUAGCUCGUGGUUCUGAUCUUGGCGCUACGAGGUUGACAACUAGCGUCUUGAACGUUUACCCAAGCUUUCGGUGGGGCAUAUAGAGGUUAUCAACACCCAAUCAUGAUUCAUGACAUUGUAACAUGAA